AUGAGUCGUUCUGCAGUGCAAGAAGGAAGUGGUUGUAAAACUCAACUCGUUAACGGUUUUUCAUGUCUUGUUUUGGGUAUAGUCAUAGUUGCACUAACACCACUAUUUCAGUCACUUCCAAUGGCUUGUCUGGCUGCUAUCAUCAUCGUCAAUUUGAGAGGGCUCUUGUUUCAAAUUAAAGAUUUCUUCUUUUACUAUCGUAUUAGUAUUAUGGAAUGUCUUCUAUGGUUCAUCACAUUUUUAACUAUACUCUUGUUCGAAGUUGAUAUUGGUCUCUACGUAGGUCUAGGUACUUCAUUUCUCAUAAAUACAAUACGUACACAAAUGCCUCGUUUUGCUGUUCUCGGUCAAAUUGACAAUACUGAACUCUACAAGAAUGUCAAAGUAUUCCCAGUAGCUCGGCAAUUUGCCAAUAUUAAAAUUCUUCGUUUUGAUGAAUCACUUUAUGCAUGUAACACACCAUUUUUUAAACGGAAAUUUUAUGAACUAAUCGGUAUUCAAUUACGACAAGAUCCACUUAUUUCAUAUGACAUACAAAAUUUGAAUCAAAAUGAUGGCAUUCAAUAUAAAUAUGUUAUUCUUGAUUGUUCACCUUUCAAUUUUAUUGAUACAGUUGGAGUGAAGUUACUCAUUGAGAUUUAUAACGAUUUGAAAAAACGAGACAUUCAAUUAUAUUUAAGUGAAUGUCGAUGUAAACUUACUAAGACUGAUUGCAGCAACUCGAAUUUAACAAUGUUCUUCGUACUUUUGCUUUAUUUUAUUCGUUUAUUUAUUAAUAGCGCAUUUAUUGUAAUUAAAUCACAAUGA